AUGACAACUCCAGAAGAGGAAAAACAAGUCGACAAACAUAAUUGGGGAAGUGAUGAAUUGUCAAAGGUGAGCAAAUUUGAAAAUGAAACAAAAUAUUUUUGAAAAAAUUGAAAAUGGCGGGAAUGUUAACAAAAAACGGAGUGAGUGUAAAGUGUGUCUUUUCUUAUUUAAUAUUUUUUUAUUUUGGAAGAAAAAGAAAUCAAUUUCAAAUUUAUAUUUACUUGAAAUGAGCGAAAGUAGUGAAGAAAGCGAUUUUGAUGAACAUUAUAUUCCUGAGGUACUAAUUUUUGAAUUCUGUCAAGUAAAUUGCAUAUUAUUGUUUUAUUAAUAGAUUUUUUAAAGGUUUCUGAUACUCAAGAAGAAAGAGAAGAUACAAAAAUGUCAGCAGCAGCUUUGGAUAAAAUGAUAAGUUCUGCAGUUCCAACUCGUCCAAAAAUUAAUAUCAAAAGAGAAGAUUUAUUGAUGAUUAUGAAUGAAUUGGAAUUACCGGAAGUAAGUCUUUUUGAGAAAAGAUUUAGAGAGAAUACAAAAUAAAUUCAAUUAAUUACCGAAAAAAUUGAAUUUGAUCCAUCUAAAUAGGAUUCUCUUCCAUUCUUUUUUUCAUGUUUUUUUGUUUCCAGGCAACAGUUCGUUCAAAAUUGAUCGAAACAAAUGGAGAUGCUCGAGCUGCUCUUCGAUCUCUAAUCGGGUUCUGA